AUGGAACUCGACGCCCUCCAGGCCCGCGUCAGCGAGAACGUCGACAAGGCCCUCGUCUACUUCCACAAGGUGCCCGGCUCUGCCGUCCUCACCCGCUACAUCCAGUCGAGCUACCAGAACGACCCCGUGCGAUCCGCCAUUGAGCUGGUGCUGCUGCUCUACUUUAUCCGCUACCUCCUGUCGCCUUCCUACUCGACGCGCAAGGAGAACUUUGUCAAGCUCAGGGAGGAUGAAAUCGAGGAGCUGAUUGAUGAGUGGACUCCUGAGCCUCUUGUCGCUGAGCAGACGUCGUUCGAAGUGGCUGAGAGCGAACGACUUCCUGUUCUCGUUGGUCCUACAGGCCCCAAGUCUAAGCUCUCCAACGGCCGAACCGUGACCAACCUUGCCUCGUACAACUUCUACAACUUCAACGCCAACGAUCAGAUCAAGGAGAAGGCCAUUCAGGUCCUGCGCACCUACGGAGUCGGCCCCUGCGGACCCCCCCAGUUCUACGGCACCCAGGACGUCCACAUGAAGACCGAGGCCGACAUCGCCGCCUACCUGGGCACUGAGGGCUGCAUCGUCUACGCCCAGGCUUUCAGCACCAUCUCGAGUGUCAUCCCUUCCUUCUGCAAGCGUGGCGACGUCAUCAUCGCUGACCGCAACGUCAACUUUUCCAUCCGCAAGGGUCUGGAGUCGUCGCGAAGCAACAUCCGCUGGUAUGAGCACAACGACAUGGAUGAUCUGGAGCGUGCCAUGCAGGCUGUUGUUAAGGAGCAGGCCAAGGCUAAGAAGCUCACUCGCCGCUUUGUUGUUACUGAGGGUCUGUUUGAGUUGUCUGGUGACUCUAUCGAUCUGCCUCGUCUGGUUGAGCUCAAGGAGAAGCACAAGUUCCGUGUCAUUCUCGACGAGACCUGGUCUUUUGGUGUUCUUGGACGCACUGGCCGUGGUAUCACUGAGGACCAGAACGUGGAUCCUCAGCAGGUUGACAUGAUUAUUGGCUCUCUCGCUGGUCCUCUCUGCGCUGGUGGUGGUUUCUGUGCCGGCCCCAAGGAUGUUGUUGAGCAUCAGCGCAUCACCUCUUCUUCUUAUACCUUCUCCGCUGCCCUCCCUGCCAUGCUGGCCGUCACCGCCAGUGAGACGCUGAACCUGCUUCAGUCCAACCCUGAUAUCCUGACCCAGUGUCGUGAGAACAUCAAGGCCAUGAAGGCGCAGCUGGACCCCCGCAGCGACUGGGUUGUCUGCAACAGUGCCCCCGAGAACCCCGUCAUGCUUGUUACCCUUAAGCCCGAGGUUGUGGCUGCCCGCAAGCUGGAGCUCGAGGAUCAGGAGCGUAUCCUGCUUGACUGCGUGGAAGAGUCCCUCGCCAACGGUGUCAUGAUCACGAGGACCAAGACUCAGCCAUUCUCGCAUGCCAUCAAGCCCAAGGACGGUGCGUGGUAUGCCCAGCCCGCUCUGAGAAUCUGCAUCACGUCGGCGCUGUCCAAGAAGGACAUUGAGAAGGCUGGUGUGACUAUCCGACAUGCCAUCACCAAGGUUAUGACCCGCAAGACCAGCAACAAGGCUGCCUAG